AAUCAUAGAAUAUGCUGAGUUGGAAUGGACCCACAGGAUCAAGUCCAGCUGCUGGCCCUGCACAGGACACCCUCAAGAAUCACACCCUGUGCCUGAGAGCAUUGUCCAAACACUCCUUGAACUUGGACAGGCUUGGUACUGUGACCACUUCCCUGUUCCAGUGUUUAGCAACGAUAUGGGUGAAGAACUUUCUCCCAAGAUCCAAUGGUCACAUGAUUCUUUCAGCUACUGGGUUGAUGAGAAAUCUCCUGUGGGACCAGACCAAGCAAAAGCUAUCAAACGUUUGGCCAGAAUUUCCUUGGUUAGAAAGAUCAUGAAGAAAUGGUCAGUUACUCAAAAUUUGACUUUCAAAGAGCAGUUGGAAGGUGGAAUCCGCUACUUUGAUCUUCGUGUAUCUUCCAAACCUGGGGAAAUAGGACAAGAGAUUUACUUCAUACAUGGCUUGUUUGGCAUCAAAGUAUGGGAUGGGCUGAAGGAGAUGAACAGUUUUCUUGAGCAGCACCCCAAGGAAGUAAUCUUCUUGGAUUUCAAUCAUUUCUAUGCCAUGGAUGACAGCCAUCACCGCUUCUUGAUCAACAGGAUCCACUCAGCAUUUGAAUCCAAACUUUGUUGUGUUGAAUGUGUAGAAUAUGUGACAUUACUGUACAUGUGGGAGAAGAAACACCAGGUUCUUAUAUUUUACCACCACCCUUUGUAUCAGGAAUAUCCCUUCCUGUGGCCAGGUAAUAAAAUGCCAGCACCAUGGGCUAAUACAACUAAUGUGCACAAACUGCUACAGUUCCUGGAGACCACACUUGGGGAACGAAGUCGUUACGGGACUUUCCACGUAUCUCAAGCAAUUCUCACACCUCGAGUGAAAACAAUUGCGUGGCAUCUAAUUCGUGGUCUGAAGAACACCCUUGUUCUUAGGAACCUGCCCAUGAUUUUGAAUUGGGUGAAAGCACAGAAGCCUGGUGUUAUGGGUGUUAACAUAAUUACAUCAGACUUUGUGGAGCUGGUUGACUUUGCUGCUACAGUUAUUGCAUUGAACGACCUCCUUUUGGAAGAUGAUGAAUCUGCAACUUAAAUCCUGAUUGCUGUGUCCCACUUGUGCUCCUUAGUGGACAUCUUUGAACUAUGCUAAAUGUUUUACUUGUCAAGUGAAACCUAUUGUAAUCUCUUUAUGAAAAAAUGUUUCCUAGAGGAAAUGUGGUGAAACAUCACAUACAGCCAGGUCCCUUCUCCUGGAGUGGUGUGGAGCUGAGUGAGCUGAGUGCUGUGUGAGUGCUGCUGUGUCAGUCUGUCUGUCUCUGAGUGCUCUGUUUGGCUGAGCUGUGCACACAUCUGCUGCUGACAGGGGCUGGCCUCUGGAGCAGAUGUACCCCAUUGUGGUGCACAUCUCCCUGGUGACGGCGUGCCCAGCGCGCCUGUGUAUCCGUCCUGCCCGCUUCCCAUGGCCAGGGCUCGCUCCAGGGAUCGCUGCUGAUCUCAUGGCAGCGUGGCCAAGCUGGCAUUGUUCCUGGGCCACCUCUGGCAUCGCUGGGCUCAGCUGGAGGCUGCUGCUCUGUUCAUUAUGCUGUUUUAGACACUACCUCUGACUUACUUGAAAAGACAAUACUGCUGUUGUUCAGGUGGAAGCUGCUAACGCUGCAUUAAAUAUCAAAACUGUCCUUUGGGCCUGAGAGGUGAAGGCUUGGCACAAUCUUUCUUCUCAACCUCUGUUUUACUUUAUUACUUCAAUACAUUAAUUGCAACUGU